UAUGAGCAGCAAGGAGAGAGACACUAAAGUUUAGUUUUCUAGGCCAAGGCAACAAUUCAUGUAUACACUGGAGGAUGAAUACGAGGUCUUAUUUCGGCGAAGAAUGACUCAGUGUCUCUGGGAUGGCCAGCCUUGGUUGCCACAGUGUGCUACAGCUUAGUGGAGGCUGAGAGUGGGGUGAUAAGCGUCAGACAAGCCCCUGGCUUCUGACCCUGGAUGAAAAACCACAGCCGCAGCUCUCUCGGUGUCGUUGUGUGUCAUUGGCCACUUUGUUUAGAGAAAGACACAGGAAUAGGCAAGUCAAGGGGCUGAAAAGUCUGAAGAAUGUUUCCAAAGUGUAAUCUGGCUGUCACUUGCUGGACAUGGAGAAGCAUGAAGAAGCUAUUUCUGUUGCUUUCUCUCUUGCUGUCCCAUGUGGCUCAUUUGGAAGGCAAAAAGGAUAAUCAGUUCAUCUGGAAACCAGGUCCCUGGGGAAGGUGUACAGGAGACUGUGGGCCGGGAGGAGUGCAGAGCCGAGCAGUGUGGUGUUUUCACAUUGAAGGGUGGACAAGUCACUUGUCAAACUGUGAUGAGAACAGCCGGCCCCCAAAGGAGAGAAGCUGUUUCCGUGUCUGUGACUGGCACAGCGAACUCUUCCGAUGGGAGGUCUCUGAUUGGCACCACUGUGUGCUCGUCCCUUUUGUCCAAGGAGAAGUCAAGCCUCGGACUGCAGAGUGUGUGACAGCUCAGCAUGGGCUGCAGCACCGGACAGUGCGCUGUCUUCAGAAGCUGAACAGAACCAUGGUUGCAAAUGAAAUAUGUGAACAUUUUGCCCCUCAGCCCCCCGCAGAGCAAGCCUGCCUCAUUCCUUGCCCCCGGGAUUGUGUGGUAUCUGAGUUCUCACCGUGGUCCAAGUGUAGCAAGGGGUGUGGCAAGAAACUGCAGCACAGAACUCGUGUGGCCAUUGCUCCCCCACUGUAUGGUGGGCUGCAGUGCCCAAAUCUGACAGAGUCCAGAGUCUGUGAUGUUCCCACUUCCUGUCCUCUUGGAGAAGAGGAAUAUACCUAUAGCCUUAAAGUUGGACCAUGGAGUAAAUGUAGACUGCCUCAUCUUAAAGAAAUUAACCUCACGGGAAGAACUGCUGUGGAUUUUAGCUCUGAUUCAGAUGAGCAGAUCACCUACAGACAUCAGAGUUACAAAGCACAUCAUCACCAUUCCCAGCCCUGGGACAUAGAGAUAGGUUAUCAAACCCGACAAGUUUGGUGUACCAGAAGUGAUGGAAAAAAUGCUCUGAUAAGCCUUUGCACACAAGACUCCUUUCCUUUGACUGUCCAGUCCUGCGUCAUGCCGAAAGACUGCGAGACUACCGAGUGGUCGCCCUGGAGCCCCUGCUCCAAGACCUGCCGUUCAGGGACUCUCUCACCAGGAUUUAGGAGCAGGAGCCGGAACGUGAAGCACACCGCUCUCGGGGGUGGAAAGGAAUGCCCCGAACUUCUUGAGAAAGAAGCCUGCAUGGUUGAAGGAGAACUUCUACAGCCCUGUCCCAGGUAUUCCUGGAGAACCUCUGAAUGGAAAGAAUGCCAAGUCUCUCUCCUCCUCGAGCAGCAGGACCCUCACUGGCCUGUGACAGGACCUGUUUGCGGCGGGGGCAUCCAGACGCGGGAGGUGUAUUGUGCCCAGAGCAUACCAGCAGCUGCUGCACAGAGGGCCAAGGAAGUCUCUAGACCAGUGGAAAAGACAUUAUGUUUGGGACCUGCCCCUCCAGUCUCUCAGCUCUGCAAUAUCCCUUGCUCUACGGACUGCAUAGUGUCUUCCUGGUCAGCCUGGGGCCUGUGCAUCCACGAAAAUUGCCACAAUCCUCAGGGGAGAAAAGGAUUUAGAAUGAGGCAGCGCCACGUCCUCAUGGAAUCCACAGGCCCUGCGGGGCGCUGUCCUCAUUUGGUGGAAUCUGUCCCCUGUGAGGAUCCAGUGUGCUAUCGAUGGCUAGUGUCAGAAGGGAUCUGCAUCCCUGAUCAUGGAAAAUGUGGCCUGGGGCAUCGCAUUCUGAAGGCUGUCUGCCAGGAUUCCCAAGGAGAAGAUGUUCCAGGGAGUCUCUGCCCUGUACCCCCUCCUCCUGAGCGAAUGACUUGCAACAUUCCCUGCCGAAUGGACUGUGUGGUGAGUGAGUGGACAGUGUGGUCAUCCUGUUCCCAGUCUUGCUCAAAUAAAAACUCAGAUGGGAAACAGAUGAGGUCAAGAACCAUCCUGGCAUUGGCUGGAGAGGGUGGAAAACCAUGCCCUCCUAGUCAAGCCCUCCAAGAACAUCGUUUAUGCCAUGACCAUUCCUGUAUGCAACUUUACUGGGAGACAAUGCCCUGGGGCCCUUGUUCUGAAAACACAUUGGUAACUGCCCUGAAUGCAACCAUUGGCUGGAAUGGAGAAGCUACGUGUGGUGUGGGCAUUCAGAUGCGGAAGGUCUUCUGUGUCAAGAGUCAUGUUGGACAAGUGAUGAACAAAAGAUGCCCAGACUCUACUCGCCCUGAAACUGUGCGCCCCUGUUUCCUCCCAUGCAAAAAAGAUUGUAUUGUGACUGCGUUCAGCGAGUGGACACCCUGCCCGAGUCUGUGCCAAUCAGGAAAUGCUACAAUAAAACAGUCUCGAUACAGAAUUAUCAUCCAAGAAGCAGCCAAUGGAGGCCAAGAGUGCCCAGAUACCUUGUUUGAAGAGAGAGAGUGUGAAGAUGUCUCUUUGUGCCCUAUAUAUAGAUGGAAGCCACAGAAAUGGAGCCCCUGCAUCUUAGUGCCAGCGUCUGUCAGACAGGGUAUAACAGGCACCAGUGAAGCGUGUGGAAAGGGGCUGCAAACAAGAGCUGUUUCAUGCAUCUCUGAUGAUAACCAGCCUGCAGAAAUGACAGAAUGCCUCAAGCAGACAAAUGGCAUGCCUGCCCUUGUUCAAGAAUGUACCGUCCCGUGUCGAGAAGACUGCACGUUCACUGUUUGGUCCAAGUUUACACCCUGCUCCCUGAAUUGCGAAGCCACACAAAGUAGGCGUCGACAGCUCACAGGAAAAAGCAGAAAGAAGGAGAAAUGCCGGGAUGCUGAACUGUACCCGCUGGAAGAAACGGAACUCUGUCCUUGUGAUGUGUUUAUAUCCCAGCCUCAUGGAAAUUGGUCAGAUUGCAUUCUACCAGAAGCCAGAAUGGAGCCUCAGCGAGGACUGCGGGUACAAGGAGACAGCAAAGAAUGUGGAAAAGGCGUGCGCUUUCGAGCGGUAGUGUGCUCUGAUAAAAAUGGAAGACCUGUUGAUCCCUCCCACUGCAACAGCUCUGGUUAUAUUCAAGAAGAGUGUGUCGUUCCCUGCCCAUUUGAUUGCAAGUUAAGCGAUUGGUCUAGUUGGGGCUCCUGCAGUUCAUCCUGUGGGAUUGGAGUGAGAAUUCGAUCCAAAUGGUUGAAAGAGAAACCUUAUAAUGGAGGUCGACCGUGUCCCAGGCUAGAUCUCAAGAAUCAGGUGCAUGAGGCAGUCCCAUGUUACAGUGAGUGCAAUCAGUAUUCCUGGGUUGUAGAACACUGGUCUCCAUGCAAAAUCAACAGUGAGCUGAGAUCCCUGCGCUGUGGAGGAGGAACACAAUCUAGGAAAAUCAGGUGUGUGAAUACUGCCGAUAGUGAAGGCGGGACAGUGGAUAGCACCCUGUGCAAUCAGGAUGAAAUUCCCGCUGACACCCAGCCCUGCUCUCUCCCGUGUCCCAGUGAAUGCGUCAUGUCUGAGUGGGGGGCGUGGAGCAAGUGCCCAAAGUCAUGUGACCCCCACGCGACGCAGAGAAGAACCCGCCAUCUGCUGAGACCCUCUCCGAAUUCAAGGACCUGUGCUGAAGACUCACAGGUGCAACCCUGCCUCCUUAAUGAGAACUGCUUCCAGUUCCAGUACAAUCUAACAGAGUGGAGCACGUGCCAGCUGAGUGAAAAUGCGACCUGCGGUCAAGGCGUCAGGACCCGCCUGCUAAGCUGUGUGCGCAGUGACGGCAAGACAGUGGACAUGGACCAGUGUGAGCAGCGGAAUUUGGAGAAGCCUCAAAGGAUGAGCAUUCCCUGCAUGGUGGAAUGUGUGGUUAACUGCCAGCUAACUGGGUGGACGGCUUGGACAGAGUGUUCACAGACCUGUGGCCAAGAAGGUCGAAUGAGCCGGACUCGAUUUAUCAUUAUGCCAACCCAAGGAGAAGGACGGCCAUGCCCCACAGAGCUUACCCAGCAGAAAACCUGCCCAGUGACCCCCUGCUACAGCUGGGUCCUUGGCAACUGGUCUGCAUGCAAAUUGGAGGGUGGAGACUGUGGGGAAGGAGUCCAGCUCCGCAGCUAUUCCUGCGUGGUCCACAAUGGUUCAGUCUCUCACAGGGCUACACGUGUGGAGGACAUGCUGUGUGGAGAAAUACCCUUUCAAACCAGCCUGCUGAAGCAGCUGUGUUCUGUGCCUUGCCCAGGAGACUGCCAUUUAACUGAGUGGUCAGAGUGGAGCAAGUGUGAAUUGGCCUGCAUCGAUGGAAGAAGCUUUGAGACUACAGGUCGCCAAACUAGGUCAAGGACUUUUAUAAUUCAGUCUUUGGAGAAUCAAGACAGCUGUCCCCAACAAGUUCUAGAAACACGCCCUUGUUCAGGAGGCAAAUGCUAUCACUACACAUGGAAAACAAGUCUUUGGAACAAUAAUGAACGAACUGUAUGGUGCCAGCGUUCAGAUGGCAUAAAUGUCACAGGAGGCUGCUCCCCGCAGGCCCGCCCUGCUGCUAUUCGGCAGUGUAUUCCAGCCUGCAGAAAACCUUUCUCCUACUGUACACAGGGUGGAGUCUGUGGUUGUGAGAAGGGCUAUACAGAGAUAAUGAGAUCAAAUGGUUUCUUGGAUUACUGUAUGAAAGUACCAGGCUCAGAGGAUAAAAAAGCUGAUGUGAAAAACCUUUCUGGGAGAAACAGACCUGUGAAUUCCAAAAUACAUGACAUUUUUAAAGGAUGGUCUCUUCAGCCACUUGAUCCAGAUGGCCGAGUAAAAAUGUGGGUUUAUGGCGUUUCAGGUGGUGGUUUUCUUAUCAUGAUUUUCCUGGUAUUUACGUCCUAUCUUAUUUGCAAGAAGCCAAAACCACAUCAAAGCACACCUCCCCAACAGAAGCCUCUGACCUUAGCCUACGAUGGAGACUUAGACAUGUAAUCUGAAAAAGAAAUCCAAAUGUAGACAUCAACUGCCUUAACUGCUUUCUCUUUUGUAGCUCUCAGACUUCUCAGUUUUUUGAGGAAUCUCAUGAUGUGAUAUAUCGGGCAGAAUACAAAUAUUGCAAAAGUAAUAUUGCCUCAACUUCAUUUGGACAUGGAGUCAAGAAUUAUUAGGUCUGCCAUUUUGUUUUCAAGUUGUUUGUGGGUGUGAGUGUUUUAUUUUUUUGGUUUUCCCAAGGGACCUGAAAAUCCUUCUCUUCCUGUUUGGAAAUGGGAGGACGAAGACAUGAUGGAAUUCCCACAGACUUGAGUAAACUUGAUCUUCAGCAGCAUAAUGACAAUCCAGAGGAAAGUCCAAUCAAGGCAUUUACUGUAAAUGAGGAGUGUAACAUUGCAUCGUUAUGCACUAUAUUAGUGCAAAGUCUUUAUUCUUCCCAUGCUUCAACACUGAGUUUUCUAGAGUUUACAUUGGUUCAAAGACUUUCAAAUUGGAUUGCCUAUUUUCAUGAACACAAAGUGAAUGGGUUACCAUUUCAGAAGUUCUCUGAGUUUUUACCUUUAAAUAUUGCAUUUUGUUUUGUAGUCAGGGAGUGAUGGCACUAUGUGGGUUGCUUCUGUUAAAGAUAAUGGAGUGUGCAUAACUGCUGGAUGGUGUGAAAGCUAAGGGUUUUUGAAUGAAGUGUGUACUGAUUGUUGGGGUGUGCAAAUGAGGUAGAUGCUUAUAUUGGAGAAUGGGGUACAUUAUUUGAUUACCAAAACUGUAUUUUAACAGAAUCUUAGCUGUGUAGAUAUAGCAUUAACCCCACACAGUUCUUAUUCAGUUUAAUGAUGACAAACUCUGCUUUUGUAAUUUCAAUUUUCUUAUCUGAAUAUUUAUACAUUUUUUUGAAUUUAAUUAUCUGACCUCAUUUAAUAUACAUAGAACACCAAUCCUGUUUGUAGCAAGUCUUGCUUUUAUAAGGUUUCAAUAUUAUCUAAAACAACACAUUAAAAAGCUAAGACCAUUUUAUGAAGAUAAUUGUUUGUAAUCAUAGGUGUUGAAAGUAAGAAGGCGCCAUCUUGUGGUAUUGACUUGUAUUUAUAACAAAUAAAGUGCUCAAGAGAAUGCAA